AAGUGGACCAAUACAAAAGUUGAUGUCUACUGUGGCCUAAAGUACUAAACAAAAACAAAAAGAACAUCAAAUUAUUGAUAUUGAGCAUAGCAAUAUGGUAUAGAAACAUUUGAAGCAUUGAGUUUGCUGAAAUGGUGAUUAUAGGCUCUUUUCAUACUACCAUGUUGUUUGUUUUCCAACUUCUCUACUCCCUUUUCAUCAUCUCUUAUUCAAUGACCAAUUCUAUGAAUCUGUCUUCUUCUCCGAUCAUCAUCACCAAGAAAACUGAAGAUAACCCUUUGCCUAUCCAAACCCUCUUCAAGCUUCCUUCUCCAAUUCCCAAUUGGCCACCAGGUGAAGGUUUUGCAAGUGGAACCAUAGAUCUAGGAGGACUAGAACUAUGUCAAAUAACAUCUUUCACCCAAAUUUGGGCAACCCAUGAAGGCGGACCGGAGGGUCUCGGCGCAACGUUUUUCGAGCCAUCUUCAAUCCCUGAAGGGUUCUUUACGCUUGGAUUCUAUGGCCAACCCAACAAUUCACCUCUAUUUGGAUCUGUUGUGGCCGCAAAAGAUGUCGUAGGUGAAGCUCUAAGGCCUCCAAUUGACUACACUCUUGUUUGGAGCAGUGAGUCCUCAAAAAUCAACCAAGAUGGAAAUGCCUAUAUCUGGCUGCCAAUACCACCUGACGGUUAUAAAGCGGUCGGUCAUGUCAUCACGAGUUCGCCUGACAAGCCUUCGCCCGAUAAAAUCCGGUGUGUUCGCUCUGAUUUCACCGAUGUCUGCGAAACCGACGCAUUCAUUUGGGGAGAGGAUGCGAAUGGGUUGAGUUUUUACGGUUUAAGACCAACAAAUAGAGGAAUUGGAGCUCUAGGCUUGUCUGCAGGUACUUUUGUAGCUCAUAAUGGUGUGAAUAACACAAUGCCCAUAACCUGUUUGAAGAAUGUCAAUGGUAAUUUGACUUCAAUGCCUAACUUGAGUCAAAUUCAAGCAUUGGUUCAAGCUUACUCUCCAGUGAUUUACUUUCACCCUGAUGAGCAAUACCUUCCCUCUUCAGUGAGUUGGUUUUUCCAAAAUGGGGCAUUGCUAUACACAAAAGGGGAUGAAUCCAAUCCUGUUGCAAUUGAACCCACCGGCUCAAACCUCCCCCAAGGUGGUUCGAAUGACGGUGCCUACUGGAUCGACCUCCCGGUCGAUCAAGCAGCCAAAGAACAGGUCAAGAAAGGGGAUUUACAAGAUGCAGGGGUUUAUUUACAUGUCAAACCGGUGCUUGGCACGACAUUCACCGACAUUGCUAUGUGGGUUUUUUGCCCAUUCAAUGGGCCAUCAAAGGCUAAAGUUGGGAUAAUCAAUGUCUCAUUAGGUAAGAUUGGUGAGCAUGUUGGUGAUUGGGAACAUGUGACACUAAGAAUAAGCAAUUUCAAUGGUGAGCUCAAAAGUGUCUACUUUUCACAGCAUGGUGCAGGGGUAUGGGUUGAUGCACCAAAUCUUGAGUUCCAAAGUGGGAACAAACUAGUGGCCUAUGCAGCGUUGCACAGUCAUGCUAUGAGCCCAAAGGCAGGAGUUGUGUUGCAAGGGAAUGGGGGAAUAGGUAUAAAAAUGGAAACAGGCAAGGGUAAAAUGGUCUUUGACACCGGGUCAAAGUACUUGGUUGUUGGAGCUGAGUACUUGGGUUCAGAGGUGGUUGAACUACCAUGGUUGAACUAUGCUAGGGAAUGGGGUCCUAAACUUGACUAUAGCAUUGAUGGUGAACUCAAGAAGGUUGAAAAAUUGAUACCAGGGUUUCUGAAAGCCAAGUUUGAAAAGAUCGUUAGAGGGCUUCCUAGAGAGGUGUUAGGUGAGGAAGGGCCAACUGGUCCCGAGAUGAAAAAUAAUUGGAAUGGAGAUGAAAAUGUUUGAUUCCAUUUGUGAAAGAGACACCAGAUUCUCUUCAGUUGUAUGAACUCGAUAUAUAAUCAAUCUAAUCAGGUGAGCUCGUUACAUGACCCAUUUUGAUAGAA